AUGCAACAGAUAACGCAGAAUGGUCGCAAAUUUUACAUAAAUGUUUCAAUAAAUGGGAAACGUCAAGAAUUCGAAGUGGACUCUGGGGCAGGCUUCACGUUACUUCCAGAGAAAGAUUUCAACAAAUUGAAUUUAAAUGUUCCCGUAAAAAAGUCAGAUAUUGGUUUUCGAUCCUAUACUGGUGAGAUAUUUGCUCCAAUAGGAAAGGUUGAAGUACAGGUCCAAUAUCAAGAUACAGUAUCGAACGAGGAAAUGUAUAUAGUUCCUUCAAAAUACGCACCGCUUAUAGGCAGAGUAUGGAUACGACAUCUUAACAUAAAUUUACAAACGAUCGAUCAACCUACACGUACUGUCAAAAACGAAAUUUGCACUAUCGAUUCAGUAACAGAGCAAAUGAACAAAUAUUCACCGUUGGUGAUAAUUCCAAAACCCGAUGGUAAGGUGCGACUAUGUGUGGAUUACAAAGUUGGUGUAAACCCUCAGCUCGAAACAGCUCAUUAUCCGAUUAAACGAAUCGAUGAACUUUUGAAUCAGUUACGAAAUUCAAAAUAUUUUUGUCGUUUGGAUUUAUACAAAGCAUAUUUACACGUUUUAGUCGAUGAAGAAAGCAAGCAAGUACAAACUAUAUCAACACACAGAGGCACGUAUCGAAUGAACCGUUUAUCUUUUGGCAUUAAAACAGCUCCUAGUGAAUUCAAUAGAAUACUAGACCAAAUACUUCAAGGAUUAGAAGAAAUUCGAUAUUUAGGCUAUGUUAUACGUAAAAAUGAAAUUCUAAAGUCACCAGAUAAAGUUCAAGCUAUUAAAGAUAUGUCACGGCCCAAGAAUUCAGAUGAAGUACGUGCAUUUUUGGGUAUGAUUACUUACUAUUCAAAAUUCAUUCCUGAUCUUUCGACAAUAACUUUUCCUUUGCGACAAUUACUUCAAAAAAAUUAUAAAUUUAAGUGGUCAAAAUCGUGCGAAUUAGCAUUUAUUAAACUCAAAGAGGAAAUUAUGAGCAAUCGUGUAUUAACUCCUUAUGAUCCACAGUUACAGACUACUUUAGCAUGUGAUGCGAGUCCUGUUGGAAUAGCAGCUGUUUUGUCACAGAUUGAUGAGGGUGUAGAACGACCAAUUGCAUUUAUAUCUCGAUCACUACCACUGUCAGAACAAAAUUAUAGCCAACUCGACCGCGAAGCACUAGCUAUUGUUUUUGCCAUUGAUAAAUUUUACAUGUAUCUAUAUGGAAGAGAAUUUAUUUUGAUCACAGAUAAUAAACCAUUAACCAGAAUUUUUCAUCAACAUUCAAAAAUCCCAGCAAUGACAUCAUCUAGACUUCUAAGGUAUGCUUCGUUCCUUCAAGGAUUUAACUACAAAAUUCAACAUAAAAAAGCAGAGGAACAUCUUCAUGUAGAUUGCUUGUCGCGAAACCUUUCAACCGAUUCAUUUCAAAAAUUUAAAUUUUUCCUAGACGACGAAAUCAAAGACCUUCAAGACCAAAUUAUCAAUCAAAUAUCAACCGUGUCGUUAACAGCAACAUCUAUAGCGAAGGAAACAGAAAAAGAUUCAAAAUUGUCGAAACUUAAACAGGAUUUACUUAAAGGCCAAAUAGAAAACCCAGAUUAUUCUUUACAAGAUGGUGUUAUUUUUAAAGGAAAUCGCGUCGUUAUUCCAAACACUCUUCAAGACGAAGUCCUUAAAGAAUUGCAUCGUACUCAUAUCGGAAUUGUGAAAAUGAAACAACUGGCUCGUAAAUAUUGCUAUUGGAAUGGAAUAGACUCAAGCAUAGAAAAACUCGUCAGGUCUUGUGCAAAAUGUGCUCUUUGUAAGAAUAGUCCUCCUCAGAUCACUACUCAUCAUUGGGAUGAACCAAAUGCUAAUUUCGAUAGAGUACAUAUUGAUUACGCUGGUCCAUUGCAAGGUUAUAAUUUCUUCGUUCUAAUCGAUGCAAAAUCAAAGUGGCCAGAAAUCAAAGUUACAAAUUCAGCUCCUACAUCAGAGGUAACUAUCAAAUUUCUUCAAGACAUUGUAGCAACACAUGGUCUACUAAAAGUUAUUGUAUCAGAUAACGCUUCGAUUUUUCAAAGCAAUGAAUUCAAAGCAUACUGUAAGGAAAAUGGUAUAAUGCAAAAAUUUAUAGCGCCAGGACAUCCAGCUACAAACGGGUUAGCCGAACGAUAUAUUAAAACAUUAAAAUCAAAAUUAAACGCGAUGUCAGAAGAAGAAGGCUCAAUACAUAAUAAAGUACGUGAAAUAUUAUAUCGUUAUAGAGCAACACCUUUAUCAAAUGGUAAAAGUCCAGCACAACAAUAUCUUGGAAGAGAGAUGAGAAUCAAAUUAGAUUGCCUACGUCCUGUUAAAUAUGAAAAAUCUUCCAACGAAAAAGUAAACUCAAUUCGAAAUUUAAGUGUGGGAGAUAGAGUUCAGUCAAGAUUUUACUUAAACGGAAAGCCAGCUUGGAAAUUUGGAGUUGUUAAGAAAAAGUUUGGUCAACUGCAUUAUGAAAUCGAGCUCGACAAUGGAUAUGUAUUAAAACGCCAUAUAAACCAAUUAUACAAAUCAGAAGUGGUUUUACCCGAAAAGGAAAAUACUAUUCAAGAAGAUCAACCGAAAAGAAGUGAUCCAAGUAUAGAUGAAAUACAAAUUCAGUUUGAGUAA